AUGAGCGCCCGGGGCCGCCGAGCGCCGCCGGAGCAGAAGCCCCGAGGAUCUCGGGCUGAUCCCGCGUGCGACCAUGUCGGUGGCUUUCGCGUCCGCCCGGCCGCGAGGCAAAGGGGAGGUCACGCAGCAGACCAUCCAGAAGAUGCUGGAUGAGAACCACCACCUGAUACAGUGUAUCCUGGACUACCAGAGCAAGGGCAAGACGGCCGAGUGCACCCAGUACCAGCAGAUCCUGCACCGGAACCUGGUCUACCUGGCCACGAUCGCGGACUCCAACCAGAACAUGCAGUCCCUGCUCCCCGCCCCGCCAACCCAGAACAUGAACCUGGGCCCCGGAGCGCUGUCCCAGAGCGGCUCCAGCCAGGGCCUACACUCCCAGGGCAGCCUCAGCGAUGCCAUUGGCACGGGCCUGCCCCCGUCCUCCCUCAUGCAGGGCCAGAUCGGUAACGGUCCAAACCACGUAUCCAUGCAGCAGACAGCUCAGAGCACGCUGCCCACCACCUCCAUGAGUAUGUCAGGCAGCGGCCACGGCUCAGGGCCUGGCUACAGCCACUCGGGACCCGCCUCGCAGAGCGUGCCCCUGCAGGGCCAGGGCGCCAUCGGCAACUACGUGUCACGGGCCAACAUCAACAUGCAGUCCAACCCAGUGUCCAUGAUGCACCAGCAGGCAGCCUCGUCCCACUACAACUCGGCACAGGGCGGGAGCCAGCACUACCAGGGCCAGUCGUCCAUCGCCAUGAUGGGCCAGAGCGGCCAGGGAAGCAGCAUGAUGGGACAGCGGCCCAUGGCGCCCUAUCGGCCCUCCCAGCAAGGGUCGUCCCAGCAGUACCUGGGCCAGGAGGAGUACUACGGUGGCGAGCAGUAUGGCCACAGCCAGGCCGCCUCGGAGCCCAUGAGCCAGCAGUACUACCCUGACGGACACGGCGACUACGCCUACCAGCAGUCAUCCUACACGGAGCAGAGCUACGACCGGUCCUUUGAGGAGCCCGCACAGCACUACUAUGAGGGCGACUCCCACCUGUGCCACCGUCCGGCCUCCAGCGUGAGGUCAGCACACACAACUGGGGAGAAAUCUGCACAUCCGCUUCUCGGCAGGGUCCCCGGAGAGCAAAGGUACUUCCCCCUGUCCUUGGGAGACCCCAAGAGAAGAGAAAACCUUAAAGUCAUAGGCAGCGGGCUCAGCCCUGGCUUCCCGGUCCGGGCGUCAGAAGUGGGCACGGUGUGAGGGUUGGUAGCAGGGCCCCCGGGGAAGGAAACACGAGCAAGGUACAUGAGAUGGGCAGGCAGCUUGUGAAUCCACAUGUUUUGGGUGGCUUUUUAAAAGAGUUACACUAAAAAUACAACAAAAUUUGCCAUUGAAACCAUUUCUGAGUGUAUAGUUGAGUAGCAUGAAAUGCAUCCACAUCGUCCGUCUCCAGAACUCGCCCCCGUCAGACCCUGGCUCCCGGGCCGCCCCCAGCACCCACUGCUCUCCUGUCUGUCCGUGCAUGUGAUGAGCCUAGGUCCUUACGUAAGUGGGACCCUACAUGUUUGUCAUUCUGACCGGCCUGUGUCGCUGGGGCGUGACAUCCUUGAGUUCGUGUGUGUGGUAGCAGGUGUCAGGACUCCCUUUUCGAGGCAGAAUUGUACUCUGUUGUGUGGAUGCACCAUGGUUUGCUCAGCCAUUCAACUGUCAACGGACACUUUUGAGUCACUUCUAUCUCUUGGCUGUUGUGAAUCCUGCUGCUGGCAGCGUGGGUGUGCAGAUCUGUCUUUGAGUCCCUGCUUUCAUUUCCUUUGUGUUAACGCCCAGGAGUAGAGUUAUGGAUCAUAGGGUGAUUCUGUGCUUAAUUAUUUGAAGAACUGCCAUAUGGUUUUAAACGCACAGUUUUGUUUUUUAGUUACAAUGUUAGGAGAUUAUAGGACAUUUGGAGACUACAGGAGAAUCGCCCAGAAGGCUGUGCUGGGGUCAGUUACAAGUGUUUCCCAGCAAUGGCUUCCCAUGUCCCCACGUUUGGGUACCACUCGCUGACAUGGCUCAGACCCAGCCUUCUUGUCGCGGGGAGUCUGGCUCUGAGACCCCGAGAUGGCCUGUGUCUGGUGCAGUCACCCAGUGAGGCAGGUCUUCCCCCGACCCCAGCAGCUGCCUAUGUUGGCCCCUCCUGUUCCCAAAGCUGGUGCAGUGACCUGGCUGUCACCCCUGGCUGGAUUUGAAGCCUGAUAAUGGAUAUAGAACGAGAGAACCAAAACAUACCAGCCAUCUCAAAGUGAAAUUAUUUGUGGGUAAUUCGAUGUUCCUUAUUAUUCUUAGGAACUGAUUAAGUGUUGGCCACUCGUAGUGAACAGGUGACGCUUUCUUCCCGCCUUCUCAGUCACCACACCUUUCCUUGCUCUUGCUUUCUGUUGACGACCACAGUAAACUCUGACCCCACCUGUGACCACCUUGGCCCUUCCCCCAUCCACACGGUUACCCCAAAUACUGUUCUUCUCCAGUCAAACCUAGGCUGCUUUCCAUCUCAGCGUCCACUGUGGAAGACGGGUGUCAGCAAACAUUCUCUGUGUGCAUCACAUCCCCUCCCCUCAGACCGUUCCCGAGACAGGACACUGGCCUGAUGGCAACUUUGCGGUGCUUGACUGUGCUGGCCGGCCCAUGUUACUGACAUGCGUACAGGAGGUUCAAGGGACCUCAGACUGAUGUGAUGUGCCCGUGCCGGGCAGCAGAACCCAAGCAGCCUCCCUGGAUGGUGCUUGGACAGGGCGCGUGAGGGGGCGCCCCUCACAGCGGGAGACCUGUGGAGAGGCUGCGGCCAGGGGCCACGCUCCAGAGGGGACAUCCCGGGGGGAGUGCUCCUGUGCUGGGGAGAGCACUCAGCAGCCUGGCUCCGGCCCAGCGGCCCAUUGCUGCAGGGCACUGACCCGCCGCCUGUAGCUAGCAGCUGCUGGUGACAUUUAACCAGGUACACCAAGCAGGGGAGCCCUACGUGGCUAAAAACCUGUGUGUCUGGGCCAUUUUAAAUACAAUUCAGUGUGUAAAAGGUAGAGUUUGGCGUGCUCAGGUGUCUGCACUGCUGUUCUCAGCCUACCGGGAAGAGGUGCACCACCCCGGGGCCAUCUGGAGCUUCUCCCUACAAGCGCUCCUCCAUCAGCCCUGCCCUCUCCCCCCCUCCCUGGAUGCCAGUGCUCAGCCUUCCCCACCAGGAGGGGCCUCUGCUUACCUCCAGCACUGCUUUGUCCAAGUGAGGGUCCGAGGCAGAAACCAUUGCCCCGAAGACAAGCUCAGGAUGUGCCUUUUGAACUUCGAAGUGCACAUUUUUAUACCUUCAUUUUUGGGUUACACGUUCUUGCCUUCCGUGAUUGAUGGAAAGUUUGCCAGAACACUUAGUAACCUCUUCUAAGGCAAGUGUGGCAGAUGGCAUGGUUUCCUCCUGAAUCUGGAAGCGUUUUGUUCCAUCUUGAUAAUUGGACCCCUACUUGGGACUCCCCAGACUUGUGUUACGAGGCCAGGUCACCCCACAGUGGGUGGCACUGCCAGGUCUUGUGUGAGAGGUGGAUGGUGGUGUGCUUUGAGAAGACAGAUGUGCAUGAGUGGCCUGUGGCCCCGCGGAGGUGGAGGGUGUCGAGUGGAAACAAUGAGGGGAUGGAAGGAAGCCAGAAUAAAGACGUGUCCAGGAAUCACGUUAAUCCCACAGCAGGAUGCGGAGCCUUGUGGAGCACAGGUGGCUGGUGCUGGGGUUUUCACGGGAGGUGGCAUCUGACAGGAGCCCUGUGUGGUCCCCCGGAAUGAGAGGGCGCUGGCGUACAGAGGGCCGGUGCCAAGAAGGGGCCAGGGCACGGUAGGCCAAGCCGGGCAGGAUCAGGGAAUGAGGGGCCGACUGAGCCAGACAGACCCAGGUCACCGUCAGGGGCCCUGCCGAGCACGCCGCGGACGCUUGGGCAUCCUGUUGCACUUCGUCACUGUGAGGUUUGCAGUAGCAAAGACUGGACGGAGCCUGCAUCCACCGUGACGUGCCCACCGGUCACUGUGUCUGUUAAAAGCAGCAGAGCUCCCUGUGGGCUGCUGUGGCCGAUUCUCCUGGAUUGUGCCAGGUGCUCAGGCCAGGUGCCGAGGACCAGGGUGUCAGAGGUGCUGCCUGUGUGUGAGACCAUACCUGUUUGCACGUGCACCCCCUAAACAAAUUCUGGAAAGAUUCCCAGGACACCAGUAGGAAUGGCAGUGGGUGGGGGACGGGGCUGGGGACCCGGCAGGGCUGGAGGUAGCCUUCUUCCCUGAACCUCUUGAAGGGGGGGCUGCAUUCACUUUUACAUUUCUCAGUCACAUGAACCUAUCUGCCUGUGCAGAAGUUAAAUUUAAAAAUAUUAAACAUUACUGGCUGUCCCUGAAAAUCCAAGUAGCCUGACCUUGUGGCCGUGCAGACCAUCCACGCCCCCGAGCCCCGUGGUCACAGCGCUGUCGUCUUGGGUGUCCCCAGGGUCUUGCCCCAUGAGACCGGUUCCCCACCUGUGGGUGAACAUUCAGAAAAGCAGGGACAGCGACUCUUCCUGGAUCAGCCCGCACGUGUCCCUGAGGCACAUCCUUGUUUCGAGAAGUAGUUUUUAUCGAAUGCGUCUGUGAACCGAUAGGUCGCUGGUUCCCGUGACUGUUUUGUGUCCACGUUCCUCAUGCGGGCCCCCUUUCUACUGGGUUUGACUCUGGCGAAGGGAAGGUUUUCCGUGGUAUGUGGGAGCAGAGCUUUGGUUCUCAGAGGCAUCCUCGCUAACAUUGAUUGCACACCUACUGUGUGCCAGGCUGCAGCUGGGCAGGUGCAUGUGAAUGAACUCCUUUAUUGAUUACCAUAUAAAAAGCAAAAGGGGCUAGAAGGCUGAGAAUACUCAGACUGGAACAUCUGAAGCCCUGGAGAACCCCACCGUGUCUCUGCCGCCCUCGUCAGCUAAGAUACACACCAUGCACCGGGGUCCGCGCCGCCCUGCGGCAACUGCACCGGCUGGAAGGAAGGGCUGGGAGGAAGGAGCCCUCAGAGCUCAGGGCCUCCCGGGGCGGGGAGCAAGGAGCACCUGCGGAGACGCGGUGGGUGUGCAGGAUCCGCAGGGGGGGCUCGCCCUGGAGUCAGAGUGCUGGUGCGCUUGCUCUUCCUCGUGGCUGCAGUUCAAGUUCCCGUGGAGGGUACAAGCCUUUACAGCAAACCCAUAGCUCUCGGUAAGGCUGCUCCUUAAAAACUACGUCUCCAGGAUCUGCUUGUGUGUGUGUGGUUUUUAAGAUUUUAUUUCUUUGACAGAGAGACAGCGAGAGAGGGAACACAAG